CCCGUUUCUGACGCGUUGAAUUUAGACACCCUCUCUCUAUCCACUUGAAUCGUGAUCUCCAGCUUUCCAAGUAACUUCCACCUCCUCCUUAUAAAUCAAACUCCUUCCCUCUAUCCGCUUCCAAAAUCAACACUCGCGUCUCCAUUAACAACAACUUCUAUCUCUGUUUCUUCUCCUGAUCCAUGGGCUUCGAUCCCGAUUCCAAACCCCUUGUGAUCCGCCAAGUAUGGACUUCCAAUCUCGAUUCCGAAUUUCACCUCAUCCGCCAACUCGUUGAUCGCUACCCUUUCAUCUCCAUGGACACCGAAUUCCCCGGCGUCAUCUAUCGUCCCAACAUCCACCCCGCCGCUCGCCACCGUCAGCUUCACCCGUCCGAUCACUACCGCUUCCUCAAGUCCAACGUCGAUGCCUUGAACCUCAUCCAACUCGGCCUCACCCUCUCCGACGCCCACGGCAACCUUCCUCACCUCGGAUCAGCCAAUCGCUACAUCUGGGAGUUUAAUUUUAAGGACUUCGAUGUCGCCCGUGACUCGUACGCUCCCGAUUCCAUAGCCCUGCUCCGGCAGCAGGGGAUUGACUUCGAUCGGAACGCGAAGGACGGGAUCGACUCCACCCGCUUUGCCGAGUUGAUGAUGUCGUCGGGCCUCGUGUGUAACCACUCGGUGAGUUGGGUAACGUUCCACAGCGCCUAUGAUUUCGGGUAUUUGGUGAAGAUCCUGACCCGCCGGGUCCUUCCGAACGGGUUGGAAGAUUUCUUGCUGGUAUUGAGGGCGUUUUUUGGGAACAGUGUAUAUGACGUGAAGCAAAUGAUGCGGUUCUGUAGUGAGAGCCUGUACGGGGGGUUGGACCGGGUGGCGCGGACCCUCAAUGUGGACCGGGCGGUUGGGAAAUGCCACCAAGCCGGGUCCGACAGCUUACUGACCUGGCACGCCUUUCAGAAAAUGAGAGAUAUCUACUUUGGGAAGGAAGGACCCCAAAAACAUGCGGGUGUACUGUAUGGCUUAGAGCCGGUUUUCUGCCAAUGAGAAAGCAAAUUUAAUUUAUUCAAUUCAUCUCCCCUUGUAUGUUUAGUUAUAUGAAAUGAAAAUUGGUGUCAUUAACCUUUCUUUUGGUAAAAAUGAGCAAAACUGGUUUGUCAA